ACUGCGUGCGUUGGUUUACCUCCUUUCAAUGAAAAAAUCAUUUGUCUGUUUGUAUAUGACACAGACGCCUUUGCAGUGCAAGCCUUCGGGUACUCGGUGCUUUUUUUUUACAACACUGGGAGUAGACGGAUGAGGAAGACUAGCAAGUCAGCUGAAUACCAGGAAAAAAGUGAAAAAAGACCUCAAGAUAAACUAACUCAACUGCCUUCGCGGACACCGACACCACGGGGCCACGGCGGCCGCCUUCACCACGCUGAAAUAAACGCAGCAACUGCAAUGUCUGAGGGCGGGGAGUUUGGUAAACUUGGGGCUGAAGAGAGGGGUGCAGGGGAGGAAGAAGAGAAAGAUGAGGCUGUUCAAGAUGAGUGUGCCAAGCCGUUAGCGACAGAAGAUGGUGAGAAGGUGGAUCCAAUACUGGACAGCAACCGCAGAGAAGGGAAAGGCUCCGGCUACCGUCGCUUGCUGGUCAAUAUAAUCCUGGCCGUGUCUGUUCUGCUUAACGUGGUCUUGAUUGUCAUCUUGGUUGUGUUGGCAUCUAGGGAGUGUGCCCAAGGUGGGAUACAGGGGAAUGCCGCAGUGCAGUUUAACAGCACUGUUGCCACGGAAACACCAGUUACACCACGCUCGACUUCCGGUAUAGGGCCGCUUACAUCAAACAGGACUACACCACCCGUGAUAACUUCUACCGUGCCCACGACAGCAGGCGGUCCAUAGAGUUGGGGAAGAAGAAAGAAGAGAAAAUGAUAAUAAAAACAUGUAUAUUCAAAGGACCGAAGAAAGCGGGGAGGGGGAGUUGGGUGGCAUCUUUCACCGCCCGCAAAUUUAUAUAGGCCUAAAUAUCUUAUUUUUCUCCCAUCUGUCAGCGUUAAUGAGUACCACAGACGGUACAAAUAACCUGCUUAUAUGUAUUGUAAGCACAAAAUUUAACCUUUGCCAUAGGGCUUAUUGUCAAGGAAACUAUCGUUCUACGUAUAUCGAUCGCUGAGACUCUCGCUGCAUGCUAUCCGUUUAGCAGAUUAACACGCUUCCUCUUGGCGCUGAGUAGAAAACAGAAAAAAGUUGGUAAUUAUAGGGGUGCGUUGGAAACAAGAAGAUGGCUGUUAAUCUGUUGAAAUGAUUGCAUUUAACGGAGUUGGAUCAUUGGGAAUGAACCCAUAGUUUUUUUUUUAAUUUUGAGCAAUAACACGAAUAAGAAAUUAAGCCUAAAAGUUAUUUUACAAGGAGGAUGUUCAUUGUAUUUUAUUUGUAACGUUUAUUGAGGUCUUAUGGCGGACACGUCUGUUUUAUAAAUAAAAAAUCAAUUGCAUUUUUUAUUU